AUGUUGUCGUCAGCGAAGACCCUAUGGCUACUUCUUUUGUCUAUGUUGGCAUACACAACUAAGCCAGCUUACUCCCUCGACUGCAAGGCCGUAGCUUUGAAGUGGGUGCACCAGUUCAGAAUACCUGGGGGCGAUAACUGCAACUUUUACUGCUCUUACGACUCCCUUUACCAGCAAUUCAAUCUGUGGAAGAAGAACGAUGCUUGCCAGGGGGCUGACGGUUUCUCCACGGCGAUUCCAAAGAUCCAAGAAGCGCCUUGUUCAGACUGUCCCGGGAGCAAGACUUGUAUUUGUAGCGUUCAGGCUACUGCAUGGAGGGUUCGAAAUGGGAAGUGGUUCGAUGGGCAACAAUGGUUUGAUUGCGAUGUCAAACCUUAUACCGAGAGAGUUCUUGGAAGGAGAUGGUAUGAUGAAUCUGAGGCGGACAAGGACAUAUACGUGGGGUACUACUCUCGGGGAUUCAUCUCGAACGACAACGUUCACUGUGGUUCUCAAUAG